CUCCAAGAUGGCGGCGGCGGCGGCGGCGGAAGUGCAGCUGAGCUGGGCUGGGACUGUCCCCCUGGAGCUCCUUCAGCCUGCAACCUAGGAGGAUACCCGCGAAGCCCAGCUAGGGCCUGACUACAGCCCCAUGCGGCUCACCCGCUGCCAGGCUGCUCUGGCAGCCGCCAUCACCCUCAACCUCUUGGUGCUGUUCUAUGUCUCGUGGCUGCAACACCUGCCCAGGAAUUCCCGGACCCGGGGCUCCCGCCGUGUAUCUGCCUCGGGCCCCCGCGUCACCGUCCUGGUGCGAGAGUUCGAAGCCUUUGACAACGCGGUGCCAGAGCUGGUGGACUCCUUCCUGCAGCUGGACCCUGCCCAGCCGGUAGUGGUGGUAGCCGACACGCUCCCUUACCCGCCCCUGGCCCUGCCCCGCAUCCCCAACGUUCGCCUGGCGCUGCUCCAGCCUGCCCUAGACCGGCCGGCCGCAGCCUCGCGCCCCGAGACCUACGUGGCCACAGAGUACGUGGCCCUGGUGCCCGACGGGGCGAGGGCCGAGGCGCCUGGCCAGCUAGAGCGCAUGGUGGAGGUGCUCCGAGCCGGAGGCUCACGCCUGGUAGCCGCCCCCGUCGCCUCGGCCAACCCUGCCCGGUGCCUGGCCCUGAACGUCAGCCUGCGGGAGUGGACCGCCCGCUACGGCCCGGCGCCCUCUGCAUCCCGCUGCGAUGCCCUGGAAGGAGACGCCGUGCUUCUCCUGCGCGCACGGGACCUCUUCAACCUCUCAGCACCCCUGGCCCGGCCGGUGGGUACCGGCCUCUUCCUACAGACCGCGCUUCAUGGCUGGACCAUGCAGCUGCUGGACCUGCCCUUCGCGGCGGCGCGCCAGCCCCCUCUGGCCACGGCCCACGCGCGCUGGAAGGCGGAGCGCGAGGGGCGGGCGCGGCGGACCGCGCUGCUGCGGGCGCUGGGCAUCCGCCUGGUGAGCUGGGAGAGUGGGCGGCUCGAGUGGUUCGGCUGCAGCAAGGAGACCCCACGCUGUUUCGGGACAGUGGUGGGCGACACGCCGGCCUACCUGUACGAGGAGCGUUGGACACCCCCGUGCUGCCUGCGCGCGCUGCGCGAGACCGCCCGCUACGUGGUGGGCGUGCUGGAGGCCGCCGGCGUGCGCUACUGGCUGGAGGGCGGCUCGCUGCUGGGGGCGGCCCGCCACGGGGACAUCAUCCCGUGGGACUACGACGUGGACCUGGGCAUCUACCUGGAGGACGUGGGCAACUGCGAGCAGCUGCGGGGCGCCGAGGCGGGCUCCAUGGUGGACGAGCGCGGCUUCGUGUGGGAGAAGGCGGUAGAGGGCGACUUCUUCCGCGUGCAGUACAGCGAGAGCAACCACUUGCACGUGGACCUGUGGCCCUUCUACCCCCGAAACGGGGUCAUGACCAAGGACACGUGGCUGGACCACCGGCAGGAUGUCGAGUUCCCCGAACACUUCCUGCAGCCUCUCGUGCCCCUGCCCUUUGCCGGCUUCGUGGCGCAGGCGCCUAACAACUACCGCCGCUUCCUGGAGCUCAAGUUCGGCCCCGGGGUCAUUGAGAACCCAGAGUACCCCAAUCCGGCUCUCCUGAGUUUAACGGGAAGCAGCUGAAGCUCCAGCGCCUGCUCCUGGGGUCGGGAGAACAUUCGAGCACAGGGAACUGUCCUUUGUCUUGGUGCCGCUGGCAUUUGGUGGACGGGCUAGGGAUGCCAAGCCGCCUUGCAGGGCCCAGCACAGUCCUGGACAUCAAAGACGCGCCGUGCUCAAGCGUUCCAGAACUGGGACUGCGGGGCUGGGACAGAGUUUUGGAAAGAGAGGGAGAACGAGGGUAGGUUAUGGGGUCAGACUGUCGCGAUUCAGGCCACGGCUCUUCCACUUACUAGGUAGGUGGGCCUGGGCAAGUGUCCCAAUUUCUCUGUGCCUCGGUUUCCUCCAGAAUUCAGUGUGGGCCGUCAGUGUCUAGCACACAAAGAGCCCCAGGACACUUGGCUGUUGGUGUUGAUUCUACCACUAGAGGGCGUCUUUGCCCUAGUUUGAGGCCCAGGUGACGGUUACCCGGGACCGCUGCUUUACGGCUUUCGCAGUCUCUUGAGCCUCUGGUCUUCUAUCUAGUCUCCUGCGCCUGGCCAGACAGGAUGACUAUCUUCCCUUCGUUCAGAGAACCUCCUUCCCUCCUGGGAGAGCCCUGUGAGGUGCAUGCUGCUCUUAACCCCACCUGCAGAAAAGGAAACAAGCUCAAAGCUCUGAGAUGCCAAUGUGGUUAAGUAUCAGAUUCUGGAUCCCAGCCCGACUCCAUUUAACUGUUGUACCUCAUUAUUUGAGGUCUCUGCACCUGUUGGCCCACUCACAAGGUGGGCUAAACGCUAACCCUAGCUCACACUUACUGUGCACUUACUGUGUAUCACGCAUCGUCUCAGUGUUUCAUAUGGUGUAACUGACAUCCCUCGCCUGGACCCUCCGAGGUGAGAGCUGCUGUUAUUUUCAUUUGACAGAUAGGGAAACUGAGGCCAGGAUGGUAAAGUCACCAGUCCAAGGUCAGACAGCUUGGAGAGUGUCAGAGCAGGGACUUGAACCCAGGCUGCCAGUCUAGAGCCUGCACUGAAGUUGUCCACUAUGCCCCUCCCUAGUCAUGGUAGACGGGCUUUGGGAAGCCAAACCACUUAGCAGGUAAAGCGAUGGCCUUCCUCUUGUGAUCUUGCACCUAAGAGAAAAUACUGUUUGGGCAUGUACCUCCAAUAUAUGUAUUUAUUUAUAAACUAUAUCCAGGUACUACUCUUUCUGUAUAUUAGUAAUAAGGGUUAAAUUAUUCCACUUUAAAAUUAAAAAGAAAUAGAGAGGUCUUCAUUUAGCUGCCUCAUCUCAAUGACUUCUGGCACAGAGCCCUUGGGUCUAUGCACCUGGCUUUGAGACCACAGGCUCUGAAGUGGGAGAGGCCUGGGUUCAAAUCCCAGCGCUGCCACUUCCUCCCACUGAGGCUCAGACAUUCAAUCCUGACUUCUUAUAACACAGACUCUGUUCUUAACCACUGAACCUGCCAAUGGCUUGCAGUCUGUUAGGUUCCCAGGGAGCAUUCUGGAAACAUGGAGAUGAUUUGGGUUAUCACUGUGAUCAGACAGUGCUCUCAGAAUGCAUGGCCCAAGGAUGGAGAUGUCUUACAAUACAUACAGGGCACCUCCACAAUGAAGCAGUGUCCCUUGUCACGUACAGUUUUAAAAUGUCCCAUUGAAUAUUCAUGUAGGAUAAGUGAUGUUCAAAAUAUUUUCCCACUGGUAUGGUAAUAUAAAUACAUAUAUCAAUGUAUGCAUCACUUUAAAAAAUAUUUUUAAAUUCUCAAAAUAAUCAAAAUUAUCUAUCUAUACAUAUUUAAGUUGUUGCCAAGAACAUAACUUGAAGCUCAAAUCAUUCUUUUUUUUCUUUUAAUGGAGGUACUGGGGAUUGAACCCAGGGCCUCGUGCAUGCUAAGCAUGCGCUCUGCCACUGACCUAUGCCCCUAACCCCCUCAAAUCAUUCUUCAAUUAUUGUAAUGGUUUUGUUUCAUUUAGAAAUUGUUGGUGUGAUUUCUUGAUUGAAACAGCUGUAUAUGUAUAUACAUAAAUAACAUUAUCUAUAUAUAUGUUUGUAUAUUUAUUUAAAAUAACCUUGUCUUAGCUGUGAUUUCAUAAGGGAACCACAUCAAAUACUUCUGGCAACUUCCUAUUAAAUUGAAAAUCAUUAGGGACUUGAGACUAAAUAGAUAAAAAAUUUCUCUUGGCAUCAACCACAGUGUUUUGGUGUUUUCUUCUCUCUGCUGUUCCUGAACUAACAGCAAUUAUGUUAAAACUUUUCCAGCCCUUAUAAUAUUGACUGACAGUUUUGUAUAUUCAAUAUUAUCAACUAAGUAAUGAGAUGACAGGAAACCCAGCACAAUUAACUUGAGCUAAUUAGUUUGUUACAGUAGUAUUAUUGACUUUCACCAUUUUAAAAUGACUCUUGUUCUAUUAACCAGCCAGAAGUAUUUCAAUAUUUUAACCAGCACAUCCAUAACUAGUGCAAACUGGCGAAAUUUUAGCCUUAGUUGGAAAAACCUGGUUAAGAAUGAUCUGAGCCCAGAACUUAACUCUCUCCUCGUGCAAACACAAAGUCCUUUUUGUAAGGUUUUCAUAGGUUCUCAAUUUUCUAGGAAGUGCAACUACCAUGUAAAACGAGGGACGCUUGUACUGUAUUUUGUUCAAACCUUGGCCCAGGAUUGUCAACAGUUUCAGAAAACUUCA